AUGACAUCUAGCGCCAGCAAAAAUGAGGGGGACGAAAAUACCAACCAAAGAGGCUCCCAUAUUGAAGAUGCUGAAAAGGAGAAUGCACAGUUGGUGCGAGGCCUUCAGGAAAGACAUUUACAGAUGAUAGCAAUUGGUGGCUCCAUUGGUGCAGGACUGUUCAUUGGGUCUGGAAAAGCACUAAGCUCAGGUGGACCUGCCAGCUUAUUUCUAGGGUUCAUACUCAUAGGCAUCAUGGUAUUAUGCUGUAUACAAUCUCUCGCUGAAAUGGCAGUGUUGUAUCCCGUAAACGGGGCAUUUUACAUAUAUUCAUCCCGAUUUAUUGACCCAGGAUGGGGAUUUGCUCUGGGAUGGCAGUAUGCGGUGGGCUGGCUUCUCACGCUUCCGUUCGAGAUUACCGCUGCGGGAAUAACAGUCAAAUUCUGGCGCUCUGAUAUCAAUAUUGGAGUUUGGGUCGCUGUCUUUCUCGGAAUGCUGAUUCUGGUCCAGUUUUUUGGAAUCAAAGGAUACGGAGAAUCCGAAUUUAUUCUUGCUCUUAUCAAAGUAAUCGCGUGCACAGCUCUGAUUAUCCUUGGCAUUAUAAUCAAUGUUGGAGGCGUGCCAACAGAUAACCGGGGAUACAUCGGCGGCAGAUACUGGCGUGACCCGGGAAGUUUUCGUAAUGGCUUCAAAGGAUUUGUAUCCGUCCUUGUGGCAGCUGCAUUCGCGUAUGGGGGUGCCGAAAUGGUCGGUCUGGCGGCUGCUGAGACAGUACACCCACACAAAUCAAUUCCAAAAGCAUCUAGACAGGUGCUAUGGCGCAUCGUCAUCUUCUACGUUGUCAAUAUCCUGCUGAUAGGACUGAAUGUACCAAGCGAUAGCCCCGUGCUCCUGGGUGCGAAAGGGGGCAAUACAAAAGCGAGUCCGUUUGUUCUUGCAACCCAGCUUGCGGGCAUCAAAGCGUUACCGUCAGUUAUCAAUGCCGUCAUCACCAUCUCGGUUCUCAGUGUUGCAAAUACAUGUUCGUUUGCUUCAACCCGUACGCUACAGGCUUUGGCGUCAACGGGAAAUGCACCGAAAAUAUUCGCCUACAUAGAUAGCAAAGGCCGGCCGCUGUGGUGCAUUGUGUUACAGAUACUAUUUGGCUUAUUGGCCUUUGUCAAUGAGAUUGCUGCCGGCGAGGUUGUUUUUUCUUGGUUGUUAGCUUUGGGGGGGCUCUCAAGCUUGAUUAUUUCAGCAAGCAUCUGUUUAAGUCAUAUCAGAUUUAGAAGAGCCUGGAAAAUCCAGGGACGAAACGAGUCGGAUAUUCCGUACCGGUCUCCUCUCGGGGUUACGGGGAGCAGAGUUGGCUUUCUCGUGGCGAGUCUUGCUAUCAUAGCGACCUUUUAUCUAGGAAUAUUCGUGAGUAAAAGCCGACUUUCUUCGUUCCUUGCAGCUGCUAAGACUAAUUCCUUCGCCCAGCCUAUUACUUCUAAGUCACGGGUUGAGUCUUUCUUCAAGACAUGUUUAUCAGGCCCGCUUAUAGUAAUUGUCGCGUUAUGUUGGAAGAUUUACUCCAGGGACUGGAGUUUUGGUGUUGAUUUACAGCGCGUCGACCUGGACGACGGGCUACGAAUGGAUGUUCAAGUUAAUCUAAGUUCCCCCGAAACGACGGAAGAAGAAAAACUGUCCACGGUUAGAAGAAUUUCGGCUUUGCUCUUUUGA